UGUGAAAGGAUUUCGAGCGCUUCAUAGACGAAGAUCCACAACUUUUGUUUUGUACGCUUUAUUUAUUAUUUUGGGGAUUAAAGAAGGCGUUUAUACGAUCCUGUAGCCAGAUUCCAGUUAGAAUAUUGUACCUCUGGGUUCCGGUAGUGCUUCUGAUUUUCAGAAUUGUGUGGUUAAUAUAUACUUUCGGUUCCGUAAAUCGUAAUACGGCACCCCCUUAUCUACUCCAGUCCACGCAAGUCGCAACAUCGGUGCCAACUUCGCGCACCUCUCGAUAGUACAGUACCUACCUACCCCCUAACACAGCAGGCCGGUGGGCCGUGGGACGGAGCUCGGAUUGCAGGAACUCCGUCGGCUGUCUCCAGUCCAGAUACAGCCAAGAUGAUGACACAUUAACAGCUAUGGCAUAUCUUGUGAAACCUGUAAAUUUUGUGAAAGCAAAGAAUCGUAAACCCAGUACCGUCCAGGCAACGGGAGGAGGAUUAGAGCAGCAAGACAUACAAAGAAAGCAGGAAAAUGCCGGAAGUCAAGCAAGGGAAUUUUAUGAGAGUGUUAUUGCGGAACCUCCCCGAAUUCAGCGGACAAUAUCUGAUUGCAGUUUAGCGGAGGAUGGGGAUCAGCAUGUUCAAAAUAAAUCUGGAAUUGGGAAAACACUUGUAAAAUAUAGAUCGUCCAAAUCAAAGACAAAACUGCCUGAUUCUACCAGUUCAAAAUUUUCAGCACAUAAACCAAAGGGUGAUGGAGGUCUUCAUCGGUUACUCAGACUUUGCCAAGAGGGUAAUCUGAAGGAAAUUAAGAGAACUCUCAAAGAAUGUGAUAUCAAUUUAGAUUCUACAGAUAAUUUUGGUUGGAAUGCAUUGAUGUGUGCAGCAUAUAGUGGCCAUGUACCAGUGGUGGAAUACCUCGGCCUGAAGUGUCCCAAAGGACUGCAACAUCGGAAUAAACAAGGACAGACUGUUUAUGAGUUGGCUCAAAGAGCAGGGCAUGAUGAUGUCUUGGAAUUGCUUAACCAGAUGGAGAGCGAAGGCAGUUCUGUUCAUGAAACAAGGAACUAUGAGGGAACUUCUACAAGCAAACAGCCUGUCUGGUGCGAGAAAUGUGAAUCUGACUUUAAGGAUGAGUUAAAGAUUCAUCAGCACUCCACGGCUCACUUGUUCAGCUGUGGACAUGGCCCUCGACCUACCCACUACCACCUCCCAGAAUCCAAUCGCGGCUUUCAGAUGAUGCUCCAGGAUGGUUGGGACAAAGAGAAAGGACUAGGAAAGGAAGGUGAAGGACAUAAAUUUCCAGUUAAGACUAUCUUGAAGAGAGAUCGUCAAGGUUUAGGCUCAUCAGACAGUAGUGUGAAGCCCAGGAUUACUCAUUUUAAGCCUUUUGAUACCGAUGCGGUGAAGAGACGAAGGAAAGAAAAGAAGGAAGACAAAAAGAAAGAUGUUCCCCUUAAAGCUAAUGAUAAAACCAGAUACCCGAAGAAGGACAGGCAUAAGGCUAUGGAAAUUGACUUUCGUAUGUCUUUUCAUUCUCAACCUUAAGUAAAGUUAUAUAUUAAAGUUUAUUUCAUGUCAGAUUG